GGAAGUGAUGGCGCCUACGGAUGCUGUUCUAGCUGUGAUUCGCGCCUCGCGGCCGCAAUUCCGGUCGCCACACGAUCGUGUAGCGUUUGCGCUACACGCCGCAUUCCUGGCGAGCGGGUAUUCACUCGGAGCGACUGGAUCGGCGGCGGCGGCGUCGGGGGCUUCUUCGGAGCAAGAGGUCGGGAUCGAUGGAUGGAAUGAGCUGGAAAAUGCGUACGCGUUCAAGUAUUUCACUGAUGAGAAGGAUUUGCCCAAGAGCGUGGACGUGAAAUGCACUGCCAUCGGUGACAUGCUGAUGGUGGAUGCGGCUGUGGAAGGAGGAAAUGAUUUGUUCCAUCUGGAGAUCAAGGUCACUGAUUUUGCGAAAGAUUCUGAUACUGGGAAUUACGCCCAGCAAUACAAGGACCUGGAUGGAAUCGUGAAGAUUGUGAAUUCUCAAGUUCUCUCGAAGUGCUCGACGAAACCACCGGAACCAGCGACCUCAACCAGGGAAACAGGAAAAUUGAUGAUCGAUGACGAGACCCUGUCUGUUCCUAGGAGGCCAUAUCCUGCUACUCCUGGAGUGAGCCUAAUUGGGAGACCUGUAGGCCUCAAUGAUCUCUUACCAGGACCAGGAGUUGGUGUUUUCGAUCAUCACAGGAAAGACAGCACUCUCGAGAGUGGCGAGGCCGGAAGUCUUGUAGGACCUGGGCAUCCCGUCUGGGGAAACGUUCCUCCCGGUCAUGACGAUCCUUCUGGAUUAACGCGUCCACAGGGUGCUCGAUUCGAUCCUUUUGGUCCUCCGGGAGUUCCUGGAUUUGAGCCACAACGUUUUGGAAGAGGAGGUGGUCGAGGCGAUAUCCAGCACUUUCCAAACUUUUGAUGAGGAGCCUAGCAAUGAAAGAUCAAUGGACUAGGAAAGGAAUGUAAAUAUAAGUUCUUGUAGACGAACGGAAUCGAAACGAUGACCUUGUCGGUCAAAGCGUUAUAGGA